UCCCAUAAAGUGAGAAACUGAUACUCCAUUAUUUUAUACACUCUCUCUCUUCUCUAUACAUAUAUUUAUAUAACAUUUGUAGAGAGAGAGAGAGUUACAUACAUAUUUGGGAUUUUUGAAAGCUCAUUUCUCUCCCCCUCUUCUAGCUCUUAAAUAAAAAUUGCAUUUUUAGAGUCUACAGAUUUUUUUCUCCCUUUCGCGCACGUAUUUGUAUUUCUCUCUCUCUCUCUCUAUCUGCACUCAAAUUUCAUUUAUAGAGAAAGUUACAGUUACGGAGUAUUAUUUUACACCUUCCUCUUUGAAUGACAUUUCUUUUGUUUAUUGAGAGAGAGAAGAGAUUCUCUUCUGGGCUUUUGCCACAGAUCGGGGGGUUUCGAAUUAUCUGAUUCCCCAUAGUUUUUACUCGAAACCCUAGGUUUUCGAAAUGGAGUUUGUGGGCAGAACAGUGAGGAAAGAGUUCAAAGGGUUUGGGGUUUUCACAGGAACCGUGAAAUCGUACGACCCAUCAAGUGGGUUAUUCGAAAUCUUAUACGAAGACGGCGAUUUCGAGGAGUUGGAACUGUCUGAAAUUGCUGCCCUCUCGGAGGGCAUGGUGGUGGAUCAAUCUGGAACUCUCGACCUCACCAAGAAGCGGACGAGGGUUGGUCGGAAGCCGAAGAAACGGCGGCGGAUCGAAAAUCGUGCUGAAUCAGGUAACAAUUCUGCUACUUUAGUGAACAAUAGUUGUUUAGAGCAGACUUGUGAGGUUCGGGGGAAAGAUAGUGAGAGUCAAAAGGGGUCUUCAAUAAUUCUUGAAAAGGAAUGCGCGGUAGGUGAAAAUUUGAAAGAAACUGUUUCUGUUGGUGUGAAUUUGAACACUAGUAGUAGCUAUGAUAUGGAUGGUGUUAACUUAAAUGAUGGGUUGAAUUUGAAUGAUGGGUUGAAUUUGAAUGAUGAGUUGAAUUCAAAUAAUGGGUUUAGUUUAAAUGGUAAUGAUAAAGAGAAUUUGAAGAGAAGUACCUCUUUUGAUCUGAAUUUGGAUGUAAAUGGUGAUUACGAUGAAACUUUGAAAGGGGCUGAUUCAGGGGUUCCUAUUGUGGAAGCCCAGAAGAAAGAACAUUAUUUUGACUUGAAUUUGGGCUUAGAUGAAGAGAUCAACAAUACGGAUGCUGACUGCAAUGGACAGAUGAAGGACAACACUACAUUUUACAUGCUUGAAGAAACCCAAAAGGAGAUUGGUGGAGCUGUUAAGGAUACCCAGUUGGAAGAUGGCAGCACAAAUGCUACUCUGGAGGAGGUUCAUCUUGAAGUUAGUGAAGGAACUCCAAUAAAAGGUAUAAGCGUUUCCACUGACAACUUGUUGGGAAAUUCUUGUAUCGAGUCGGAAGAAGGAUUUGUUCUUGGAUUUGGCAGUACAAAUGGGACCGAGAAGGGAGUUCAUUGUGAAGUCAGUGAAGGAACUCCAAUAAACGGUAAAAAUGCUUCUCAUGCGAAUGUGUUGGGAGAUUCAUGUGUGGGAAUGGUAGAAGGAAUUUCUCUUGAAGUUACAGACCCCGAGUAUUCCAAGAAUAGUAUGACUUUUGAAGGUCAGGUGAAGGGGGGACUUUCUGAUGCUGGCACUCCAGUAGAUCAUGUUUUUCAAGGCGAUUCAGGAAGCAUAUGCAAAGGCAGAAAUAGGAGUAAAAGAAGGAAACUUUCAGAUAAUGUGACCUCUGCAACAGGAACAGCGCUGAGACGAAGCACUCGUAGAGGAACAGCCACCAUUUCUGCUCAAAAGGAUGUUUUGGAUGCAACAUUAUGCCAGGCAAAUGAUGCAUCUUCGUGUCCUGGACAUGGUGCAGCGUUGGAGGAAAAAUCUACUGUGUCAGGUCUUGAAGAAUCUGAAGAACCGAGUGUUCUUUCUCCAAAGCUGCAGUUACCCCCUUCUUCAGAAAACUUGAAUUUGGAUGGCGUUCCUAUACUCGAUGUUUUCUCUGUUUACUCUUGUUUGCGGUCAUUUAGUACCUUAUUAUUUUUGAGUCCCUUUGAAUUGGAGGAUUUUGUAGCAGCACUAAAGUGCAAGGCUCCUAAUUUAUUAUUUGAUUCUAUUAACGUUUCUCUUUUGCAAACUUUGAGGAAGCAUUUAGAGUCUCUUUCUGAUGAAAGUUCCCAAUCUGCCUCCAAUUGCCUCAGGAAUCUUAACUGGGAUUUUCUGGACUUGAUCACGUGGCCCAUCUUUAUGGUUGAGUACUUGCUAAUGCAUGGUUCUGGAUUGAAACCUGGUUUUGAGCUAUGUCACUUGAAGCUAUUUGAGAUUGACUACUACAAACAGCCAGUAUGGGUAAAGAUUGAGAUUCUCCGGUGUCUCUGUGACGACGUGAUUGAAGUGGAAGCAAUAAGGUCGGAGCUUAAUAGAAGAACAAUGACUACUGAGCUAAGUACGGAUUCGGAUUGGAAUAUGAAGAUUGAGACUUCUAAGAAAAGGAGGACCCAUAUGGAUGUUUCAGGUGGUUCUUGCUUGACUGAUGAGGUGAUUGAUGAAACCACAGACUGGAACAGUGAUGAAUGCUGUCUUUGCAAGAUGGAUGGGAGCUUAAUAUGCUGUGAUGGUUGUCCGGCAGCCUAUCAUUCAAAGUGUGUGGGAGUUGCCAGUGGUCUCUUGCCAGAGGGUGAUUGGUAUUGCCCUGAAUGCAUGAUUGGCAAAGAUAAGCCCGGGAUGAAACUGGGAAAGUCACUUCGAGGAGCAGAGCUAUUGGGAAUAGAUCCUCAUGGCCGGCUAUAUUAUUAUAGUUGCGGUUACCUUUUAGUGGCAGAUUCGUGUGACACUGAAUCCUCAUAUAGUUAUUACCACCGAAGUGAUUUGACAGUUGUUACUGAAGCACUAAAGUCAUCGGACUUACAUUACAGCGCAAUACUAAGUGCCAUAUCCCAGCAAUGGGAUCUGUCUUUUAAUUUUAGUGGAGGCAAAAGUGAUUUGGACUCCCAGAACAUUACUGCAAGCUCAGAUUUUCUUACGAAGGGACAAAUGCCUGCUGCUCCUGCUGCAUUGCAUCUGCUUUUGACAACUUCAGAAACCCGUGUUAAGGAUGAUACCAUUGAUGAAAGAAAACCAGAAGAAAACUCUAUGAUCACUCAAAAUUCUGGUAAUACAGGCUGCGAGGUCUCAGAGUUGGUUAAUAUUGAGCCAGCGAAUGUGAACCAUUUCAUGAAGAUGGAAAAUCUAGUGACAAGUUCUGAGGGAUCAGCCGAAAUCUCACAAGCUAUCACUGGCAUUCAGAAUUCCCAGAAAACUGGGCCAGAUCGUUCGAAAUCCUCUGCUGGGAUAUCAAUUGAUUCCAAGAUUCCAGAUUGUGGCAGUACAUCACCUAGCAUGAAGACAAGAAAAGGGGAUGCCUCACAGGGGCAGUGUGAAAUUAUUUAUGCAAAUUAUUAUAGUUUUGCUCAAACAGCCUCUUCAGUUGCAGAAGAGUUAACACAUAAAUCAUCGGACAAGGUCAUGAAAGACUCUACAGGAUCGGUUGAGGAAAUAAUUUCAGUACAGCUGAAGGCCAUAUUGAAGAACUAUUCCAAGUUUCAGUGGUCAAACAUUCAGAACCUACAUGUUGAUGCCAGGAAAGAAAAAUGUGGGUGGUGCUUCUCUUGCAAGUUUCCUGACGAUGAUAGGGAUUGCUUGUUCAACAUGAUUGAUGCUGGUCCUGCUUUGGAUGGUUUUACAAGUGAGCUGGUUGGUCUUCCUUCAAAAAGGAAUAGGAAAGGCCAUCUCAUUGAUGUUAUGUGCCAUAUUCUCUGCACUGAAUAUCGUUUGCACGGGCUUCUUCUGGGCCCAUGGCUAAAUCCACAUUAUUCCAAGCUUUUGCAUAAAAGUGUUCUGAAAGCAUCAGAUGUUACCUCAGUGAAAAAUCUGUUGCUCACGUUAGAGUCAAAUUUGCGUCCUCUUGCACUUUCGCCAGAGUGGCUAAAACAUGUGGAUUCUGUCGCUACAAUGGGUUCUGCUUCUCAUGUUGUGACCAGUUCACUACGCUUGUCUGCUAAACACGGGAUUGGUAAAAAACGGGCUAGGUUUUCGAGUAUGGAUUCUAAUCCUUCUUCAAAUGCUACCUCUGGAUUGAUUUUGUUUUGGUGGAGGGGUGGUAGGCUUUCACGUCAGCUGUUCAAUUCGAAGGUUUUGCCUCGCUCCUUAGCUUCCAAGGCUGCCCGACAAGCUGGAUUUACGAAGAUACCAGGCAUACUAUAUCCUGACAAUUCAGAAUUUGCAAAGAGAAGCAAAUAUGUUGCUUGGCGUGCUGCUGUUGAGACAUCAAGAAGUGUGGCGCAGCUUGCUCUCCAGGUUAGAGAACUUGAUACAAGCAUUAAAUGGGAUGAAAUUGAAAACACUAAACUUCUGUCGGCAAUGGACAAGGAAUCUAGAAAACCAGUGAGGUCAUUCAAGAAAGUGAUAAUCCGUCGGAAGGGCACGGAAGGAACAAUGGUAAAGUAUCUUCUUGAUUUUGGCAAGAGAAGAUUUAUCCCUGAUAUUGUUGUGAGACACGGAUGCAUGCUUGAAGAAUCCUCCAGUGGAAGGAAGAAAUAUUGGCUGGAAGAAUCUCAUGUUCCUUUGCAUCUCUUGAAAGCUUUUGAAGAGAGAACAAUUGCCCGCAAGUCCAGUAAGAUGAGUUCUAAGAAACUUUAUGAGAGUGGUAGAAUUAAGAAGACGACCUCCAAGAAAAGGGGAUUCUCAUACCUUUUCUCAAAAGCAGAAAGAUCUGAGAAUUAUCAGUGUGGGCACUGUAAUAAAGAUGUCCUGAUCAGGGAAGCUGUCAGCUGCCAACAUUGCAAAGGCUUUUUCCAUAAAAGGCAUGUAAGGAAGUCUUCUGGAGCCAUUACUACUGGAUGUACAUAUACAUGCCACAAAUGCCAGGAUAAGAAGUGCGUGAAGAUUGAUACCAAGAAGGGAAAAUCGCAGUUACAAAAAAAAAUGAAAUCCUCCACGGUUGGAAAAUCGCAGUUACAAAAAAAUAAGAAAUCAUCCUCCACAGUUGGCAGGGCACUGCGAUCUAACAUCAGUAAAAAUGCCUGCAAAGAUGCACGAACAGCACAAUCACAAAAGAACAGAAAAGAUUCUGUAGUUGUAUCUCUGCGACGUUCUGCAAGGAAAGUCAAAUGUGUGUCACUUCAAAAUAAGAAUCUUGAAGGACAAAAGAAAGGGAAGCAAAUGAAAGCUCCAAGAUGGAAGAAAGGAAAAAGAAUGAAAUCCAGAAAAGGGACAUCAAAAAAACCAAAGAAAGUUGCUUGGCAGAAGAAGAGAACGCCAGUGUAUCAUACUUACUGGCUGAAUGGUCUUCGUUUGUCUAGAAAGCCAAAUGAUGAACGAGUGACGCAUUUUAGGAGUAAAAAACUUAUUGACCCUUCUGAACAGUUGUCCGCCAUCCUUGAUCAACCCAAAUGCAGUCUUUGCUGUGAGCGAGGAUUUACAUCUACAUUAACUUAUAUUGGCUGUGAAUUUUGUGGAGAUUGGUUUCAUGGGGAUGCCUUUGGGCUUAGUGUCGAAAAUAUGGGUAAUCUUAUUGGAUUUAAGUGCCACAAGUGCCGUAAUGGGACUGCCCCUAUCUGCCUCCAUUUGCAUGGGAUGAGAAGUGAUGAGGCUCAAUUGGGUGAGUUGAAAAGUGAUGAGGGCAUUGCAUGUCCUGAGGAAGUAUCUGAUGUCGUUGUGCCUCCAAAUAAGGUAUUCAUAGAACAGAAAUUUGAGUCAGAUGAAGAAUCAAAAUUGUUAAUGAUUGAUGAGUCUAGUCAUAUGGAGCAGCAAUUAGGGAAUGUUCCAAAUUCAAAUCAGACAAACAUCUUGGAUGCAGAAAAUGGGCACUUACCCAUUAGCGAAGAGCGGAAAACAGAGGCAUUUCAAAAUUCUGAUGAUAAGGAUUGGAGACCAGAUGUAUUGUUGAGAUCCAAUGAGAGUGUUUUAUCAGAAGGGAAUACAAUUGAAGUGGGCAAAGGACAUGUUGUAACUGUGAGUACUCUUGUUGAGACAAAACCCCCACCAUCCAAAGCUGAUGUGGAUGUUAUAGACUCAGAGUUGUUGUCAUUGGAGCAUAACAAUUCAAAGAACAGUUUGGUAAAAACAACAGGCAUCAUGGGGUCGCUGGGAAAUAAAUCUCUUAUUGACUCGUGCGAGUUGCCUCCACAAACAGUUCUCGGUUCCAGUGAACUACUAGAUGGCGGAGAAUAGCUGGUGUAGUACAUAUUGUUAUACCUAUAAUUUGACUGAUGUAACGAGGCUGCCAAUACCAUAGAGGUAUGAAACAUUUGUGAAUCUUCUAAUGUCAUUGAGGUGCUAGCUGAAUUUGAAGAGCUAUAGUGGGAUAAUUCACCUAAAAUUUUUAAAAAUAAAGAGUUGAUUUGAGGAUUUAGGUCCCUUCUUUCCUUGAUGACCUCGGACUGACUUUUAUAAAAGAAUACUGCAAUUUCUACCAUUGUUUUUAUGGUGGAAACUGCUACCUUGGCGUGCCAUAUUUGGUGUUUGGUACAAGGAUGGCUAAUGUUUUGUGCUUGGUGAGCAUGUAUGGGAGUGCUUUGGAGAUACAUUUGCAUGUCUGUUGAACAUUUGCAUUUACAUUCUUUGCUUCCAAUUUGAUCAGCCAGAUUGGUAGCAUUUUGUCUUUUCAAACAAAUCAAAACAGUUAUAUGCAUCAAGGGAGCUUAUAGGGCUUGGAGUAGCUAUUGAGCGGUGUUAUGAAGGCUCAACAUGAACACCUUUUAUAAAAGAAUGAGUAAUGGUAAUGUUACAUUUCGCCUUGACAUCUGACGAAUUUCAUGAGUAAAAGAAGAUGACCAUUGUGCUCCUUUGGGUGAUCAAAACACUGGUCAUUGUUAAGUACUGUAGUUCAUUUGUAUAUAUCAUCUGUGAAUAUGUUAAAACUGACCACAUUCUGAUUGUUAGUCGAUUUUAUUUGAUACAGUAGUCUUAUGAUGUUCUUAUCUUUUGUCAUUUUAAUCA